GUGCUACAUAAAUAAUGUUUUGGCAUUUUUGCUGGGCAUGCCGCUGUAGCUGUAUUACAAUUUUCAUUAGAAAUGGAAUUAAACCAUCAAAAUGAAUUCCAAGUGCUGAAGGAGGAGAAUUCUCGACUGAGGCUACAACUUGAAAAAUAUGAAUUGGAAUCGAUGAAAGCUAAGACAGAGCAUGAUUCAAGCAAUGGCAUGUUGGCUGAAAAGAGUUCAAACGUCUCCAAUCUGGAUAAUGCUAGCAUCAAGAGAUACAGCAGACAACUCAUACUACCAGAACUAGGAGUCAAAGGUCAGCUGCAGAUUGCUAAUUCUUCAGCAUUGAUCAUUGGUGCUGGUGGUCUUGGAUGCCCAGCUGCUGUCUAUCUUGCUGCUGCUGGUAUUGGUCGACUCGGAGUUGUGGACUACGAUGAUGUAGAACUGAGUAACCUUCACAGACAGAUCCUCCAUACAGAGCAGAGAGUAGGAUGGUCCAAGUCAGAAUCUAUCAAGUCUAGUGUUAAAAACCUCAAUUCAUCGGUGCAAUGUCAAGCCUACCAAGUGCAGCUAGACAGAAACAAUGCUAUGGACAUCAUCAGACAAUAUGAUAUGGUAUUGGACUGUACAGACAAUGUUGCUACAAGGUAUCUACUGAAUGAUGCAUGUGUGCUGUCAGGGAAGCCAUUGAUCUCCGGAAGUGCUCUCAGGUUUGAGGGACAGCUCACUGUAUAUAACCAUGAAGGGGGUCCAUGUUACCGUUGUUUGUACCCCAAACCUCCCCCAGCGGAGACGGUCACCAACUGCUCUGAAGGUGGUGUAUUAGGAGUAGUUCCUGGAAUCAUUGGUUGUAUACAAGCAUUAGAAGCCAUUAAAUUGGCUGCUGAUAUUGGCACGUCAUACUCUCAGAAGCUAUUGGUAUUUGAUGGUUUAGAUGGUACAUACAGGACUAUCAAACUAAGACCUAAAAAACCAACAUGUGUUUUGUGUGGUGACAAUCCAUCGGUGACACAGCUCAUCGACUAUGAAGAAUUCUGUGGUGCCAGCGCAACCGAUAAGUGUAUAACAUUACAUCUUCUGGAACCCAAAGAUAGACUUAGCCCUCAGACCCUUGCCAGUAAACUCCUCAGCCAAGACUCGUCUUCUCGUCUCCUACUGGAUUGCAGACCCGAGAUUGAGUUUGAAAUCUGUAGACUACCAGACAGCAUCAAUGUCCCAAUUGAUGACAUCGAGAGUGAAAAGGGUAUACCCAGAUUAAAAGAAAUCAUCAGUAAUCAGCUUGUUAAUCAACAUGAGAAUUCAUUUCCAGUGUAUGUUGUAUGCAGAAGAGGUAACGACUCACAGAAAGCAGUCCUCAAGCUACGCAAGGAGUUAGACUCUUUACCAGUCACUGUGAAGGAUGUUUGCGGAGGAUUGACAGCAUGGGCUAACCAAGUAGAUCCAGACUUCCCACAGUACUGAUGCAAGAUAAUGGCUCCUCCGUCACCCUCGCUGCUCUCAGUUUCACACUUGAUGUUUCGCUUAUACAAGACACUCUGGACAUGGCGCUCCCCCGGGAUGUGGUAAACUUCACAUCAUCCUCGUCGUCUCCAGCCCCAGGUCAAACUCCAGCAAGGUCUUCUGAAUAGCAUUGGUAAUCUGAUCAGUUGCUAUUCCUCCUAGAAUAGAUUGAAGUGAGGAGUAGCUUGGAUCCUUUGCUUCAAGGCACACUUGACCUGCCAAAAGAAAGAGUGACACCUGGCAGGCCACCAUUUACCUUAACCGGAGUCGACUUCUUCAGGCCAUUCAGUGUUAAGCAAGGCCGGAGCCAGCCCAAGAGGUAUGACUGUAUAUUCACUUGUUUGACCACUAGGGCUUUGCGUCUGGAGAUAGCCAACUCCUUGGACACAGAUUCAUUCAUUAAUGCUCUUAGAAGAUUUGUAAAUCGCAGGGGGACUACCUGAGAAAAUCUUCAGCGAUAACGGCACAAACUUCAGAGCAGGACAUUAAGAACUAGAGCAUGACUAUUAUUUUAAAAGUAACUUCAUGGUCGUUCGUCUGUUGAAACUUUGGAGACAUUUCUAUUGGAAAUUAUUGGGCUAGAGUAAAUUAAAGGCCUGUAGAAAUUGUUAUUUCAUCACCUGCACUGAUGCUUUUUUAGGAUUAUCCAACUUUGUGCUAAUUAGUUUAGGCCUUUGUAAGUACAAGGGUUACUCAACCCAUACAGUGGUUUUUUUUUAAAGCUUUAGAAAUUUCUUUUAUUAGGGGAUUUUUCAAACUCUGAAAAUAGCCCUUAUUUUUUGUUGAUCUUGGGUCUUUACCUGAAUGUUCAGUCUGUACCAGCCUAUGGACUUUGGCAUAACAGUACAUGAAUGCUUCAUUAGCACUAGAUUUUUCUAUAGGAUAUCUCCACAUUAAAAGGUUUUUCAGUGGACCUAUGAUUACUCAGGUAGAAGUAGUUUUUCAAGUUUUUUCGUACUUUUUGGGACGGGUCAAACUGCGCAGUAACUUGCACUCAUGUUUGUUUUUUACAGCGGAGAAUUUAAAGAUCGACGUAUAAACAGCUUCAAAUUUUCUAAAUUGAACAGUGCACUGCUAAUCGCAUUAGUGUUAUGUAUUUUGUAAUCACAUUUUUAAUCAUGAUUCAUGUUGCCCGUCUGACGAGCAAUUGGCGGUUGUCUGGUCACUCCCCCACAUCCACGAGCACCUCGUCCACAAUUUCCUAGGCGUUGACCACAUCCAUGUUGUUGCCUUUUGCGCCCUUGGUCUGCAGACCCACGCACUGCCGACGUUGCAACUCUUAUGAAUGAGGUGGGGGAAUAACUGGAGUUCUCUUCAUCAUCAGCAGCAUUUCCUACCUGUGAAUAAAGUGAUUGGGUAGGAAUAAAAGUUGUAUAAUAUGAAUAAUUGUGUUCUUCAAUGUUGCAAUACCGAUGUGUAAAUGAAGAGUUUCCAAGAGUAGGCCUAAGCUAGGCCUAUACGGUGCCCAUAAUUUUGAAAAUGAAAUAUAUUUACACUGGUAUAAAGAGGUGGCAGAACAAAUUUGAAAGUGGAGACUCUGAAAAGGGGCACGUUGACAUUGAUAAGGGCGUACGCAUAUUCUUUGAUGGUGGUGGUAGUGAGGGGGGGGCUGAGUAGGUGUGCAAAUUGACCUUUAGGGGGUGCAAAAGUGACCUUUAUCUUAGAGGGG